AUGGAGAAUAUCACCCAAGGCGUUUAUUCCGGUCCACCAAGCAUACAGCAAAGGUCAUUUCGUGAUUUACCAGCACCACAAAGCGAAACAUCACCGGCUCCCUCAUGUCUAAGAACAAUCAUCAAGCCGCACCAAUCCGAACCUCCAGCAUAUACAAACGUACCAUGCCUUGACAGUCUGACGAUUAUCCACCACGACACAUCGCCUAUGAUCCCAUAUGCACCACACCAUCUAUCCCUUCAGCAACCGGUUGCCUUCCACGCCUCCACACAUACCGAGUACUUCAUCCCCACCACCCCGUCAAGCCGCCCCUCGUGCUCGGACGACGAAGACAACGAAAGUGUUCCGCUCACGCAUCUCCUCUUCUCCCAUCCCCACGACGCACCGCCUGCAUACUCGACGGUCGUGCGACAAUCGUAUCGCGAGACGCCUUUUCAGCAUACGCCGCGCCACCCCGUGAUCGUGGACAUAGACGAAGAAGCUGGACUAGAACAGUUACGGGCAGAUGAUGUGAGUUUCGGGGUGGAGCAGUUGGUGGCUACGGCUGUGGUAAUAGCGUUAUUGCUGCUUGCUGGGUUGCUGCUGGCGCUACUGCUUUUGAGGAGGGGGGGGGGGGGGGGGGGGGGGGCAGUCAUUUGGGCUAGGGAUUCGUUCGAAGUAGGGCUUCGCAUCUUCUGA